ACCGGAAAUAUCGAAUGUGGGUUUUGGAGAUCCAGCCCUACCACCCCAGGAAGUCAGUCAGGCGGAUCCCAUAGGUUCCUGCAGCCCUCUACUCUUAGUGAUGAUCCUGAUUGCGUGAUCAAGGGCACGGUAACCCUGACUGUCGUGGGUAUGGGAGCAAGUUACAAGACCAGACCGGAAUCUAUCAUUAGCGCACCAAAAAGAUUAGAGGCCCAAUGGGAUGUCGAUGGUCUCUCCUUUAAGAAGUUUUUGUGUCUCUGGGAUGGUUCUGGGCCCACCGUAGAAUUUCAAACAGACCUCAAACUGAACCACUUCAGUGAGGGCGCUGAAACCUGGGUCGAACAUCGCUUCACCGAGCCCAAACAUGGAGAUGUAAUCGCUGGAGAGCUCCAUCUCAUUGGAACUGGAGAGUCAUCUGGAACCAUGUUAGGUGGUAUAUGGCGACCCGGUAAAGCUUUCACGGGCAGCUAGGUUGAUAGCAAGGAACAUUGACCAUCCCGUAUUCUGGCGUUCUUGGUUACGAGGUUGUGUUGCUUCUCGAAGAGGAUGUCGAUAUGAUUGAGAAGGACACUGGACGGAACAUAUUUUUAAGGCUGGUGGUAUUAUUGGACUGAUGCCGGGAGUCUGCCACUCAUAUUGCGAAGAGACCAUCCUCUAAGAAACUGUGGAUAAUCAUUCAAAAUAAACUUCCUAUGAACCGGGGUUGUAUUUGAAAAAGGCACGUAAAAUUGUGAGUAAUAUAAUCUCAUUUGAAGCCUACAUCCACGUGGGUACCCAUUCUUCGCG